AUGGGACUCAUGAAGAUACUACUCUUCAUAGCCAUAACAAUGGCUCUGUCACUCACACUCACCAUGCGAAGCAUCGAAGAGAAACCUCCAUACGAUGAUACUUCGAACACUUUGCCUACUCUCAAGCACCAAACACAAACACCAUUACCAUCCUCGUCGUCGAAAAGGGUCAGUCGAUUCUUGGCUGAAAAUAAGGGCAAGAACCCUAGAGCGGCCGAUCAUUGCCACAAAGACAACCAGGUGUGUCAAGUUCAAGACGAGCUCGAUUACAACAACUAUCGAAACGCCACGUGUUGCAACAACAAGUGCGUUGACUUGGGAUAUGAUGACCAAAAUUGCGGCGCAUGUAAGAAGAAGUGCAAGUUCACCCAGGCUUGUUGCCGUGGGGAGUGCGUGUACUUAUCGCUUGAUAAAAGGCAUUGUGGGGGUUGCCACAACCGAUGCCCACUACGGGAGUUUUGUGUUUACGGAAUGUGUGAAUAUGCAUAA